AUGUAUGCUGUGACUGGUAGUGAUGAGGAUGACUGUUACCGGUGUUUCCCGCCCGACCCGGGCAUUGGUACUGCCGCGUCAGGUACUAGUGAGGCUGCUGCUCUAGGUGCCAGUGCGUCUGUGCUCUCAGGUGCUGGUGAGUCUGCCCUCUCAGGUACUGUGUCGGCUUCGGCCUCUCACACCUUCACCCUUGACUCUGGAGCGUCUCGCUCCUUCUUUAGGGACCGCACCACUCUCACACCGCUGAGUCGGCCGGUUGCAGUGUCCCUGGCUGACCCCUCUGGGGGGCCGGUCCUGGCUCGCUUCUCCACUGUCCUCCCGUGUCCGGCGGCCCCCUCUGGCACCCUGACUGGUCUCUACCUCCCCUCGUUCUCGACGAACUUGGUGAGUGGUGCUGACCUCCAGGAUGCGGGUGUCCACCAGUUCACCCCUGCUCGUCAGCGGGUGACCCACUGCACGGAGGAGGAUACAGGUCGCCACCUGGCUACGUUUACACGUCGGCCAGGGUCGAGCCUGUACACACUGACCACUGCUUCUCCUCCAGGUGCUGAGUCUGGUAGGGUCCCUUCGUCUGGUCAGGUGUUUGCUGCAGCGUCCAGGUCUGGUCCUGAGUCUGCCCCCUGCUCGUGUCGUCGUCUGUCUCACGAGACCCUCCUCUGGCACCACCGCCUUGGCCACCCCUCUCUGCUUCGGCUCAGAGGCAUGGCCUCGCGAGUCCUUGUGUCUGGUCUUCCCCGGUCUCUCCCUCCCCUUCCUCCGGGCCCUGGCCCCACCUGUGUCCCCUGUGUCGAGGGGCGCCAGCGUGCUGCCCCUCACUCCUCCCAGUUUCCUCCCACAGAGGCCCCGUUGCAGACGCUUCACAUGGACGUGUGGGGCCCAGCCCGCGUCCGUGGACAGGGUCAGGAGCGCUACUUCCUGCUGGUGGUUGACGACUACUCGCGUUACACCACAGUCUUCCCCUUGCGCAGCAAGGGUGAAGUCACUGAGGUGCUGAUCGACUGGAUCCGCGCAGCUCGUCUCCGGCUUCGGAGGAGCUUUGGCUCUGACUUCCCUGUUUUGCGUCUGCACUCGGACAGAGGUGGAGAGUUCUCCUCCGGCCUCCUGAGUGCCUACUGUCGUGUGCGAGGCAUCCGUCAGACCUUCACGCUUCCGGACUCACCGCAGCAAAAUGGGAUUGCUGAGCGCCGCAUUGGCAUGGUCAUGGACGUCGCUCGUACGUCCAUGAUGCAUGCGGCUGCUCCCCAUUUUCUGUGGCCGUUUGCGGUCAGGUACGCUGCGCACCAGAUCAACCUCCACCCCAGGGUCUCUCGACCGGAGACCUCCCCAGCCCUGCUGUGGACGGGGAAGGUUGGCGAUGCGUCGGCGUUCCGGGUCUGGGGAUCUCGGGCGUUUGUUCGCGACCUGUCUGCCGACAAGCUGUCCCCUCGUGCUUCUCCCUGCGUCUUCCUGGGGUUCCCCCCCGACGCCCCUGGGUGGCAGUUUUACCACCCCACCUCUCGACGUGUUCUGUCCUCCCAGGACGUCACGUUCGACGAGUCGGUGCCCUACUACCGCCUCUUCCCCUACCGCACUCCGUCCCUCCCCCCACCCCCGCUCUUCUUGGUAGACGCGGUCGAGCCUGUCGAGGUCACUGGUGACUCUGGUACUGCUGCGGGAGCUGAGCCUAGGGGUGCGGAGUCUGGGGGUGCUGAGCCUGGAGGUGCCGAGUCUGGGGGUGCUAAGCCUGGGGGUGCUGAGCCUGGGGGUGCUGUGCCUGGGGGUGCUGAGCAUGGAGGUGCCGAGUCUGGGGGUACUGUGCCUGGGGGUGCUGGGCCUUGGGGUGCUGAGCCUGGGGGUGCCGUGCCUGGAGGAGCUGCGUGA